CCAACCCGAAACAGAAACCAAACCCCUUGAUUCUUCCUAUUUCUUCUUGCCCAAAUCUUUUGCAUUGCACGGCAACCCUCUCUCUAUCUCCUUCACGUCAUCGGAGACGGUUCAGGAUCUAGGGUUCCACCACCUUCUGCCGUCGUACAAUCGGUUGGUCAAGCGCAGAUUAAAGCAUAAAGGGCAGUAUUGUAGGGAUUGAAGUGCUAUUUGACAGCAAACUGACCGAAAAAUGAGUUAUUCGUCUGAUGAUGAGAAACCCUUGAUUUUUAGAAGGAGUGUAAAACCUGAUAAAGCAAAGGGUUCUUCCCAGCCUCCUAAACCGUCUCCUAAACCAAGCAAUGAUUCAGAUUCUGAAGAUGAUAAACCAUUAAGUUCAAAAAUUUCAACUGUAUCUAAGGGAAACACUAACGCUAAUCAUGCCAAAAAUGGGUCCCACAAGAGUGUAUCUGCAGCUCCUAAACCACAAAUAAAAGACGAAGACUCUGAUGAUGAAAAACCAUUAUCUUCAAAAUUUAUAUCUAAACCAAAUGUGGGAUCAGCAAACAAAGUUCAUCAAAAUGGUUCUGCAUCAAGAGAUAAUCAAUCGAAGAAUAUCAGCGUGAAUAAGCGACCACUAGGUGAAGAAAAAUCUUCAGGUCAAUCAUCCGUCAAAAAGCCAAAGCUUUCGGAUUCUUCAACACCUGUCAACCGCAAGCCGGUGAAUUUGAAAGCAGAAACCAAGUCAGACGAUGAUGAUGAUCUUCCCAUAGCACAAAGAAUAAAGAAUCAAGCUUCAUCAAGUAGUAAACCAUCAUCUUCAAAACAAAAAGUGAUAAAAAAGAACUCCUCAUCUUUAAACCAAACCAACAAGAAGUCAAAGAAGGUGGUCAAAGAGUCAAAGUAUUCAAAGCCAUCAAAAGUCCCACCUGGCUCUGGUGAAGGGCAGAAAUGGACUAGUUUGGUUCAUAGUGGUGUAAUAUUCCCACCUGCAUACAAGCCUCAUGGUGUUAAGAUGCUUUACAAAGGGAAGCCUGUUGAUUUGACUCCUGAACAAGAGGAGGUUGCAACGAUGUUUGCGGUUAUGUUAGAUACAGAUUAUAUGACUAAACCUAAGUUUAAAGAGAAUUUCUGGGAGGAUUGGCAAAAGAUUCUGGGGAAAAAACACAUGAUCCAGAAUUUGGAUGAUUGUGAUUUUAAACCAAUUUAUGAGUGGCAUCAGAGCGAAAAAGAGAAGAAGAAGCAAAUGACUACAGAAGAGAAGAAGGCAUUGAAAGAGGAGAAGAUGAAGCUAGAGGACAAGUAUAUGUGGGCAGUUGUUGAUGGUGUCAAAGAAAAGGUUGGAAAUUUCCGAGUUGAACCACCUGGGCUAUUUCGAGGCCGUGGUGAACAUCCAAAGAUGGGAAAGCUGAAAAAACGUAUCUUUCCAAGCGAUAUUACCAUAAACAUUGGAAAGGAUGCUCCAAUCCCAGAAUGUCCAAUUCCUGGUGACAGCUGGAAAGAAAUCCGGCAUGAUAAUACCGUUACAUGGUUAGCUUAUUGGUUAGAUCCUAUCAAUAACAAGGAGUUCAAAUAUGUGUUUCUAGCUGCUAGCAGUUCCUUAAAGGGUCAAAGUGACAAGGAAAAAUAUGAAAAAGCCAGGUUGUUAAAGGGCUACAUACAAGGCAUUAGAAAUGCUUACACUAAAGAUUUUGGAAAUAAGGAUGUGACAAAGAGACAAGUAGCGGUUGCUACGUAUCUCAUUGAUAAACUAGCACUCAGGGCAGGAAAUGAGAAGGAUGAUGAUGAAGCCGAUACAGUUGGUUGCUGUACUUUGAAGGUGGAAAAUGUCGAGCCAAGUCCUCCAAAUAUCUUAAAGUUUGACUUUCUUGGUAAAGAUUCUAUAAGAUACCAAAACGAGGUUGAAGUAGAGCUUCCCGUCUUCAAAGCCAUUCAACAGUUCCGAACAGGGAAAGCGGGGGGUGAUGAUCUUUUUGAUAAGCUGGAUACAAGUAAAUUGAAUGCUCAUCUAAAGGAACUUAUGCCUGGCCUUACAGCAAAAGUUUUCCGUACAUAUAAUGCAUCCAUCACAUUAGAUGAUAUGCUAAGUAGGGAAACAAAGGGUAGAGAAGUCGCUGAAAAUUUAGUCGUUUACCAACAUGCAAACAAGGAGGUCGCUAUCAUAUGUAACCAUCAACGUACUGUUUCAAAGUCUCAUAGUGCACAAAUGACAAGAUUAAAUGACAAGAUAGAUGAGUUAAAGGAUGUUAUAAAAGAACUGGAAACUGAUUUGGCUCGCGCAAAGAAAGGGAAGCCGCCGUUGAAAACCUCCGAUGGAAAAACAAAGAGAAACUUGAACCCCGAAGCGCUAGAGAAAAAAAUAGCUCAGACUAAAGCAAAAAUUGAGAAAAUGGAACGCGAUAAAGAGACCAAGGAAGAUUUAAAAACGGUAGCAUUGGGCACUUCGAGAAUCAACUACCUCGACCCUAGGAUAACCGUUGCGUGGUGCAAGAGACAUGAAGUUCCCAUUGAGAAGAUUUUUAACAAGUCUCUAUUGGCAAAGUUUGCUUGGUCAAUGGAUGUGGAUCCUAGUUUCAGAUUCUGAUUUUGAUGGUUGUUGAAGCGGGCCCGCAACUUAUAAACUGACAAAAGAGGCCGGGAAAAAGGAUAUCCGACCUUUCUUACAUCUUUUUCGUUUCUAAUUUAGCGACUGUCAGAUGAUAUAUGCUGUUGUAUGAAGCUUGUUAAGUGAACUGGUACUGGUGAUGAGCUGCUUUAUUUAUUGACUGUUUUCUGGUUGUCACAAAAACUAACCGGGGCAACUUUCUUUAACCAGAGUUUCUGAUUACUACA